AUGACUUCAUCAACCGACUCUCAACAACAAGCAACUACCACCACCACCAAUUCAACACUAUUAAUAACAACAGCCAAUGAUGGAGAUUCUCUCAAUGCUUCAGGCGGAGAACCACAUACUCCUUUGGAUUUUAUUCCUCAUGUUCCUUUCAAAUAUCACUUCUUUUUGAAGGGAACUGAAAUUAGCAGAGCCAUCCUAGAAGGCAUUGAAGAAAUGGAGGAAUUUGAAGAAUUGCAAGACAUUCUGCACUUGUUCCAAAAUGAUCCAUCCAAAAAGAGAUUUGGUUUUCCUGGUCUCGAGGCAGCCAUUGAUAUCUUCUCGGAAUACAUUCGCAGUAGAAAUGAGGAGGGAGAAAUUUCAAAGAAUUUUGACUUUUAUCGGCAUUUAUUGCCAAAAAUUGCUCACUUUGCAUUGGAAGUUCCAGAAAAUGAGCUGAUCGAAAAGCUUCCUCUCAUGCAAAUGAAUCAGUCUGUCUCUCUCUCAAUUCCACCAAAAUAUGUGAGAUGUAUUCUAGCGAAUGCAUUCUUUUUGAACAUCUCUUCGGAAAUUCACAAUCAUUUCCAAAAAGAGAAGGAAAAAGAUUAUGGCGUUUUGGAUUUCAAUAGAUUGUAUGUUUGUCGUUUGGACGAAGCUGUUGAAAGAAUUAUUUGCCAGCUCAGUUAUUUCUAUCAACAAGCAUUUUAUGGAGACAAGUUAUGCGAUCAACGAGAAGAUAUUGUCUUUACCCGAUACAAUUUGCUUCCUGAAGACGAACCCAAUUGGUUGGAAAUGAAAGAUAUUGACUUUUCCGAUGAGGAAGCCACAAAGAAUAUGAUUCGCGUGCACUGUGGUCGUAUGGAAGAUAUUCCAUGUCGUGGAUUUGUGGACUUUGCCAACCGAUUCAUUCAUAUUGGUUCCAUUAUUCCAUCCCUCACUCAGGAAGAAGUUCUGUUCAGCUGCUGUCCUGAAAGUUUCUUGACACUUCUCAUUUGUGAGUCUCUUUCAGACUCUGAGAUUAUCAUUAUGAAAAACAUUAUUCGUUAUAGCGAGUAUACAGGAUACUUGAACACAUUUAAAUUUACAGGACUUUUCGAGCCACGAGGCCAUACCAUUGAUAUAAUAAUUAUGGAUGCCAUCCCUAAAAGACACUUUGCACCUGAAAUGAUAAAACGUGACCUCAACAAGGCCUACUUGGGAUUUAAGAACAUGAACUAUACGGACAUUACUACAGGUAAUUGGGGAUGUGGUGCCUUUGGUGGAGACAUUACAUUGAAAUUAACUCAACAGAGCUGUGCAGCAAGAGUAACCAACUCGGUACUUCACUAUUCGACUUUCAAGAAUGAAGUCUUGAAGAAGGAGAUGGAGGAUAUCUUGCAUAAAUUUACGACCACCAAAAUUUCAAUUAGUGAGUUAUACUACAUUAUGAUUACAUAUCACGAGUACAGAGCUCUUAACUCCAAGGCUCAGUUCAAGGAUUAUCUUUUGCAAGAAUUAGAAAGAAAACGACUCGACCAAUCCCAAAAGCAAGAAUAA